UGUAGGUUUGCGUGCGCCGCCUAAUUAAAUUCGGAAAUUAAGUUACCGGGACUAUGUUUUAAAAUAAAAUAUAACUAAAAGUUAACUUAAAACUUAACGCAGUGUGAAAUUUAAUAACUUUUACAAUGCCGUCAGAAUGCGUUUUUGAAUUCGAUCGACCCGUUCCGAUUUACUACAGCGGCGAAACAAUCAAUGGGCGCAUAUCGUUAACAACCACAAGCGCCAAGUCUGUAAAUGUGGUGUACAUUCUCUUUGAGGGUCAAGGAAAGGUUCAUUGGGAGAAGCGUCGGAGUAGUGGCAAAAACUCAUAUACGGAACAUUUUCGAAGCUUCGAGUCAUACUUCAACAGUAGGACCAAUGUUUUCGGAGAAGGAGAAUUGCCACCAGGAACCCACACUUAUACAUUCUGCAUUCCGCUCCCACUGGAAUGCCCGACAUCUUGUGUGGAAAGGUAUGGCAAGAUUUCCUAUGAGGUAUCACUCGUUGUUGAUCGUCCCUGGCGAUUCGAUAAUGUUUUCAAACGACCGAUAACGGUUCUUCAGACUUAUAAUCUCAACAUGUACGCUGAUCUGCUGUUACCGUUGAAAAAUGAGGACGUUAAGUAUUUGUGCUGCUGGCCUUGUUCGGCGGGUCCUAUUAUAUCUACUUUAACAAUACCUUUUGGCGGCUAUGCUCCUGGUCAGAAGAUUAACUAUACACUGUGCAUUGACAAUCAGUCAAAUGGCAAUGAUCUAGAGGGUAUCAAAAUAACCCUUUUGCAGAAAUAUAUAUUCAGAGCCACUUCACCCCGCCAGAAAUUUAAGGAGCAUAUAAAUGCUCUGGCCACUGAGAGUCAAGAUCAACGAGUGCUCCGUCUAUCGAAACGCGAAAUAAAUGCUAGCUUACUUAUUCCACCAGUGCCACCCUCUACACGAUCCAAUCGAAUAAUCAACAUAUAUUAUUCAAUUUUAAUGUCCAUCAGGACAGGUGCAUGCCACAAAGCUUCUGAAAUCGAAAUACCUAUCACAAUCGGUACAAUACCAUUGGCACAAAGUGCUGUGAAUCCCGCUACUGCGGCUCAAUGGAUACCUCAAACUCCAGAUACUCCUGCUGGAGCAGCCGCAGAUUUGCCUCCAAGCUACGACAACUGCAGGCCGCCAUCAUUCGAGACAUCUACGCAUAUUGGAGAAAAGUUCAUCGAUACGGAAGUUAAUGAGCAUCAUCGUACUGAUGAUUUCAUACCACACUAUCCCAUGUAUACAAAUUUUUCUGCUCCUUCGGCUCCUCCUCCAGAAACAUCAGAUGCGCCCUUAUUACAACAACCUCAUAAUCCCAGUGCAAAUUCUCAAUUUAAUUAAGAUUAUUCUAUGUAAUUAUUCUACAAUGCUUUCUGUG